AUGUCUUUUUCUACAUGCCCACAGCAGAUUAAAAUGCCUGAUACCACAGAGCUUUCAGUCUCAUCUUCCAGCCCUAGUCUUUCAACCCAAAAUGAAAAGCAAAUCCCGUCCUCUUCUCCCAGCUCAAACGAUCUGGAGAGUCAACCUCCCCCGCCAGCCCCUGUCUAUCAUGUCUUUUCACGAACUCAAAAGUUAUGCAUGGUCUAUAUCGUGUCACUUGCUGCUAUUUUCUCUCCUCUGUCCUCGAAUAUCUAUUUCCCCGCGUUGGGGCUCAUAUCUAAGAGCUUGGAUAUCUCCAUGUCUCUCAUCACGUUGACUGUCACAAUAUACAUGAUUGUGCAAGGGCUGGCCCCGAGUUUCUGGGGUUCCUUUUCCGAUGUAAUCGGUCGCCGAACCAUCUUCGUGGGCACUUUCCUUGUCUACAUCAUUUCGAACAUCGCUCUCGCUCUUUCCAAAAACUAUGGACAGCUCAUGGCUUUCCGUGCCCUGCAAGCUGCCGGUAGUGCCGCGACCAUCUCGAUCGGUGCUGGUGUCAUUGGUGAUAUUGCCUCGUCGGCCGAAAGGGGAGGCUUGGUUGGUAUAUUCGGUGGAGUUCGCAUGCUUGGUCAGGGCAUCGGUCCAGUCUUCGGAGGUGUUCUCUCCGAAUAUCUGGGAUUCCGCUCGAUCUUCUGGUUCCUUGCCAUACUGUCCACACUCAGCCUUCUUACCAUUCUCUUCUUUCUCCCCGAGACCCUCCGCUCGAUUGCCGGAGACGGAACAGUUCCUCUGCAUGGAAUCCACAAGCCUUGGAUUUACCUCAUCACUGGUCAAAGACUAGCCAGACAGGAUGCUGUUGCUCGGGACAGCACGAAAAGGAAAAUUACCGUGAAGACGGUGGUAGCUCCUCUCGGGUUCUUGGGUGAAAAAGAUGUCUUUGUCACCUUGUUCUUCGGUGCAGUUGUGUACUCUGUGUGGUCCAUGGUGACCUCGUCCACGUCCGACUUGUUCGAAUCAACCUAUGGGCUCAACACUCUGGAGGUCGGCUUGACCUUUCUGGGCAACGGCUUCGGCUGCAUGUCCGGAUCGUACACCAUCGGAUACCUGAUGGACUAUAACCACAGACGAACCGAGCGCGACUACUGCGUCAGGAGCGAUCUCCCUGUCGAGACUCGCAUCACCACCAAAUCUCAUCCCGACUUCCCCAUCGAGUACGCCCGCAUGCGCAACACUUGGUGGAUCACGGCGGUCUUCAUCAUCUGCACCGCCACAUACGGCUUCUCUUUGCGCACACAUCUCGCGGUACCGGUUAUCCUUCAGUACAUCAUCGCUUACUGUGCCACGGCCAUCUUCACCAUCAAUAGUACACUGAUCAUUGAUCUCUAUCCCGGUGCGAGUGCCAGUGCUACAGCUGUCAACAACCUGAUGCGAUGCUUGGUGGGAGCCGGCGGGGUGGCUGCCAUCCAGCCUAUGAUUGACGCGCUCACAGCUCAGUGGGCCUUUUUGCUUCUGGCGGGCACCACACUGCUCAUGUGCCCCUUGCUAGUCGUUGAAAUGCGAUGGGGUGCGGGCUGGCGACAGAAUCGUCUAAAGCGACUAGAGAGGGAGCAGGAAGCAGCUCAACAGCGCAGCGCCCAGCCGAUCUAG